GGCAGUCAACAUUUUCAACUCAGACGGAACGCACGGCUGCGCGGACUCAGAUUGAAAUAAUUCAAAACAGAAACGCAGGCUUCCAAAAAAGCGAAACGAUUCCACUCAAAAGGAACAAAGCGAAAUUUGCAAUUUAAGUGAGUGAACGCGUCUUGCCUGUCAUUGCAUCAGUUUGUCAGUCAGUCAGCUCGUCAGUCUGUCCAUCUAUCAGUUCGUCUGUGAACCAGUGUGUGUGUGCCAGUGAGUGUGAACUCUGUGGUAAAGGUCAGAACUCAUAUGAAAAUGUCGAGCGGCAACCAAGAAGCAAUGUCAACAAAAGCACCUGUCACCGCCGUGGACGAGAACAAGGCCUCGUCAUGAUGCACCCAGAAAACCCAUCAUCAUCCUCGUCGGGAUUGCGAUUGGAACGUUUUCGGCCAGCUACCAUGUGAAGGCCUGGCCAUCCUGGUGGCCAUCGUCUUGUGCGGCGGCAGCCUGGGAUUCGCCGACGGGCUCAAGUGCCACAUGUGCGGCCAGUACAACGAGGGCGUGGGCUCCAUCACGCCCUGCACCAACUACACCAAGGACAUUGCCCAUCUCUACCUGAAGGAGUGCACCAAGAAGAGCGAGAAGUUCUGCGUGAAAUAUGUUAGUGAGCUGUCGACCGUACGUGAUUGUGCUACAGAGUGUCAGGAAAAAGAAAUUUGGGAGACUCAAACGUACUGCUGCACCGAGGAUGGUUGUAAUUCCGGCACCCAAUUGGCCUACUCCGUCAUCCUGUUGACCCUGCCCAUCCUAUCGAUGGCCUGGCCCACCUUCGUUGAUUUUUGGAAUACGCGACGUUAAGUGGAUGAACCAACUUAUCUUUAUAUGAGUCUUUUAACUUUUUAGUUUAUUAUUUUGCAGCAAGAAGAAUGUAUAAAAUUUCAAUCGUUAGCAUUUAUUUUAUGUUCGGAAAAAGUUGUUAAAAAUACAAACAAAAUUCUGUGAACGGGACCUAAUCAAACUAAGAAGCGAUAACGCAAAGUUAAACAAAAUUAACCAUUUGAGCCUGUUUUUUUGUGUAUUUUAUAAACUCAUGCGAUUUCGGAUUAUACACGUAUGAAUUAUAUUUAUUUUGCCAACAUGUUUGCUGUUAAUACUUUGAGGCUUUGUAUUUCUGACUGUCUUCCCAAAAAAAAACACAAAUAGUGUUGGUAAAUGAUAACGAAAGCUUAAACAAUCAUAUUCACAAGAAUUAACAAUUGCAAUGCCAAAUUACUAUUAAAAUCGUGUUAAAAAAAUAUAGAAAAACAAUCGCAUUAAUAAAAUAAACCAAAAAGAGAUUAAAUUUAAGUUAUGCCAGCUGUCAAAAGUACAUAAGAAAUCGCAAUCACAUUGAGAUGUCAAAAAUAAAUCAAUAUCGCCGAGUUCGUAUUGGAUGCAUUUCAUAAACAUACUAAUUUUAGUAUACCUAAGGUUAAAUAACGAAAGUAGAAAUUAAUUACUUAGGAUCCCGAAUCCUGCGACUCUUGAUAAAACAGUCUUCAAGAUAAGCUUGAGAUAGUUGUUUGUUUUAUAAUUUGCAUAUAGAACACACAAAUAUUACGCAAAUGUCAAAGUCACAGUGAGUUUAUUUUGGGGUCUGUGACUUUGCACUUUGGAACAGUAAUAUUUGCUGGAAGUCUAUCCAUUAUAUGUUGUUUCUUAAGCUAAUAGCGCCUACUAAGCAAAAUAUUGUUUUUCGUUGGAAAAAGAAACAAAACUAAUGUUUGUUAAAUACAAUUGUGAAAGUAAGCUUAAGGUCGUACGAAUUAUGAUAAUAGAGGCGAACACUAAAGAAAAUCGAAGACGUUUUCACUCCACUGUUCAUGAGAUUCUAAAUUAAAUAUUAAAACUAAAACAACGCAAUGAUAUAAAUCGAUUGAUACUCACGAAUAAAAUACUUGUAGCAAAAUCUAGCUCAGAUAGAAACCAUUCGGCGUAACGUAGGUAAUCAACUAAUUAAUAGAAUUACUUAGAAUUAUCGAGGUUUAGUGAACAAAAGUGAAUUACCAUGAAAGUUCUUAACGAUUUUCUUAUAGAGCACUUAUGCGAUUCCAUUUUUAAUUAUUUAUAAUAAUAAUAUUUUGAACGAUUAAUACUUAUAAACAUAUAUGAUGAACAAUUCAUACGAUAUAUACCUAAAAACAAAAACCUAGAGUUUAGGUCUAAGGGCUUUCACUAUAUUAAAGCAAAAAAACGUGUGAAAUAUGCAAAAAGAGAAGCGAUUAAACACAUACAAAUGUUAAAUGUUAGUUCCUCAAAACCAAAGCAGCUUGUGUACUCGUAUUUAAAGCUCACAUUUGAAUAAUUUGCAUAUGAUUAAAAUCCCCCACAUAACAAAAUGAGUAAAUCGGAUUUUCAUUUAAUUAUAUUAUAACCACAAAUUUUCUCUGACAUUUUGCCAGCUAAAAUGUCGAGCGAUCUGUCUGCUUUGGCCACAUUUAAUGCAAUCAUUUAUUUUUACACUCUCAUCGAAAACAAAUCGAGAAACGAGAAAAUUCCAAUUGAAAUUACAACACUAAUAAUAAUUGUAUGUAUAUGGUAUAUGUAUUUCCAAUAAAAUUUUAAUUUAAAUUUUUAGUAAUAAACUUCAAUAAA